AUGGGUGCUGCUAUUUCAUUACCAUUAAUAUCUUUACAAUCAAUAGGUACUUGUUUUGGUGCUGCUUGCUGUUCGGCUUUUUGUUCUUCAAUAGGUGGUACUUUUAAUUCAUCAAUAAUGACCAGAAUAACAUAUGCUAUUAUAUUAUUAAUUAAUUCAUUAUUAUCAUGGAUUGUAUUAUCACCAUUUAUAAUUAAUAAAUUAGAAAAGGCAAGUUUUGGAUUCAUAAAUAAUAAAUGUGGACCUAAUGGUGAACAAUGUAUUAGCUUCACAUCAGUAUACCGAAUAAAUUUUGCAUUAGGUAUACUACAUUUAAUUCUUGCUGGUUUAUUAAUUAAUGUCAAAUCUACAAAAAAUCCAAGAGCUGUAAUACAAAAUGGUUGUUGGAAAUUGAAAAUAUUUACUUGGAUUGGGCUUAUUUUUGUUAAUUUUAUACUUAUUCCUGAUUCAUUUUUCAUAUUUUAUGGUAAUAAUAUUGCUAUCAUCUUUUCUACUAUUUUUUUAGGUAUUGGAUUAAUUUUACUUGUUGAUUUUGCUCAUGCAUGGGCUGAAAAAUGUCUUGAAAAAAUUGAAAUGGAAGAAUUAACAGGUGAAGGAGAUGCAAGUUUUUGGAAAAAAUUAUUGGUUGGAGGGACAUUAACUAUGUACAUUGCAUCAAUAAUUUUAGUGGUGGUUAUGUAUGUUUUAUUCUGUGCUAAAAAUUGUAAUAUGAAUAAAACUGCAGUUACAUUAAAUCUAAUAUUUAGUUUAAUUAUCAGUGGUAUGUCUAUAAAUAAUACAAUUCAAGAAUAUAAUCCCCAUGCAGGGUUAGCACAAUCUUCAAUGGUUGUGUUCUAUUGUACUUACUUAGUUAUGAGUGCAGUUGCAAGUGAACCAGAUGAUAAAUAUUGUAAUCCAUUAAUCAGAUCAAAAGGGACUCGAACAGUAAGUGUGAUAUUAGGUGCUUUUUUCACAUUUAUUGCAAUUGCAUAUACUACCACCAGAGCAGCUGCAAAUUCAGCAUUUAGUUCAGAAUCACCACAAGAUUUUAUAACUCCAGGAACAACUAAUGUUGAACCACCCGCAAGAAAUGAAAUGAGAUAUCAAGCUAUUAAACGGGCAGUUGAUGAAGGUUCAUUACCCGAAUCAGCAUUAAAUGAACUGGAUUUAUUAGAUGAUGAUGAUUCAGAUGAAGAAAGAUCUACAGUUAAAUAUAAUUAUGCUUUAUUUCAUAUUAUAUUCUUUCUUGCUACUCAAUAUGUUGCUACAUUAUUAACUAUAAAUGUUAAACAAGAUAAUUAUGGUGAUUUUGUACCUGUCGGUAGAACUUAUUUUGCAAGUUGGGUUAAAAUAAUAAGUUCAUGGGUAUGUUUUAUAUUAUAUGGUUGGAGUUUAGUAGCUCCUGUUAUAUGGCCAGAUAGAUUUGGAAUACAGAUAUAA